AUGACUCCCAAGAAUGACCGAAACGGAAUUCUUUUCAUCAGCUCCACUCCCACUGCCUUGUGCACUGUAAGAGAGCGCUUUGCUCUACAUGCUCAACGGGUCAUUUUGCAUUGCGGCGACUUUCUCGCCUUUCAUAAAAUACCCAAGGCUGCAAAAAAACAGAAAGUUUCAAACACCGAUGUCACUCAAUGGCGCCGGGACCAGGUGAAAACCAUCCGCAGGAAGGCGCGCAAAGGCCUGAACUUGAUUAGAGGUUGCUUGAAGCAGUGCGAGGAGAUACUAAAGACUCCAGUACUUCUGAUCGACGUGCAUUGGAUAACUAAUCCUGCCGCUGAUGGAUGGACGGGACACCAAUUGCAUGUUGACGAUGCUCAUCGCCGCAGGCUUCUCGGGAAGUUCGAACUGAACGAUCCAGGCGACUACCUGGAGGGACAUGUGAGGGAUGACGGGAGCGGGAAUAAUUUGAAGUUCAAAAACGGCACGGUUAUAGCCGACGGCCUCUUGCGGACGUUUGAAAUUGUGUUCGUCAUUGAUGACCCCAUUGAAGCGUUCCCCACCGUCUACAAGGAUGUGCUUAAGAAACUUCGUAGUCAGGGUGGUAACAUGGCCAACGUCACUAGCCUGCCGGAGGACGUCAUGGCAGCAACAGGGUGCAGAUUGGCCGCAAGAUUCCGCUGGAUUCAGGAUCUGUACUAUUGGACUUUGAAUGAAUCCAACCUUCACCGCGCGCCCAAACCAAUCAUUGCCGACAAGGCUAAUCUACAUAAUUUGGCGGGUGGCAAUCUCAAGCGGCUCUGCGCUGAGCUUGGUUUCUCGGAAGAGGUUGUGCCUCUCAAAAUAAUCAAGCAAUUGGAGGAAAACGAGGCUUCAAAGCGCGAGGCAAUGAGGGAGGUUGUAGAAACCCUUGGUCUUCAGGGGCAAGAUAUUGGAUUACAAAAGUGUGAAUGGGAGCGCGAGCUGGGGCAAGCAGCAGCAAAUAUGUUGGAGCAGGCUAUUACCGCUGCCAGGCCCAUAUAUCAUCGCUUGCGUGCUCGGAUGCUGACCUGA